AACGUCACAAGUAGAGGAGACAAAAACACACAAUCUCCUGCAAAAUAAUAAUUGGCGGAUGGUGCAGCUCGAGUCGAAACGUGUUCCCUUGUAAGACCUUUAAAUCCACCCCACAAAACAAGCAGAUCAUUUUCUCCUCUGUCGAGUGGAUGAACAUGGCCCUCAUCACUGGGAGGGGCUUCUGGGCGUCUUCAUCUUCAUCUUUCUGCCCCAAGCACUUGUUUGGACGCUACAACACAAGGCGCUCAAACAUAUGUGCUCUCUAUUCUCAACCUCGGGAUAUCUCCUCAGAAAUACAAGAUAGGAUAAAAAAUCUACCUAAGCUGGUUGAAGAUGUUCUUCAAACUUCUAUCAACACUGGGCCUAGAGGAGUUGUGCGACUAGCACAAGGAAUUCAAGCUACCGUGGCUGUUGGUAGCGAAUGGCUAUCAGAAGUUUCAAAUAGUGCAAACUCUUCUUGGGAUGCCUCAUUUGGCCUUCAGUCUGGAUUGCUCAGUCCUGCAUAUUUGCGACGAUUAUUUGAACACAUGGGUGCAACCUAUAUCAAGUUGGGUCAGUUUAUAGCUUCAACACCAACUUUGUUUCCAGAGGAUUAUGUCAAAGAAUUUCAAAACUGCUUUGACAAGGCCCCUCCAGUUCCUUUUCAUGAAAUUGAAUCUGUACUUCAGAAGGAGCUUAAUCAGCCAGUGGAAAGUGUAUAUGAACAUAUUGAUCCAGUACCAAUUGCUUCUGCAUCAAUUGCGCAGGUCCAUUGUGCGAGGUUAAGAGGGUCUCAAAAAGAUGUGGUAAUCAAGGUUCUAAAGCCAGGGAUUGAAGAUUAUCUGAUUGCAGACCUGAAUUUCUUGUAUGUAGUUGCACGUUUAUUGGAAUUUCUGAGCCCUCAAAUCAGUCGCACUUCUCUGGUUGGUAUAGUUGAAGAUAUAAGAGCAUCAAUGCUGGAAGAGGUUGAUUUUCAGAAGGAGGCUGCAAAUCUUGAAUCUUUCAGAGGGUACCUAGAAGCUACAGGGCUCACAAACCAGGCAGCUGCGCCAAAAAUAUAUUACCAUUGCAGUAGCCAAAGAGUAUUAACGAUGGAAAGACUAUAUGGUGUUCCUCUCACAGAUUUGGAUUCAAUACGAUCACUUGUUUCCAGUCCAGAAGCAAGUUUGAUUACUGCGCUUAAUGUAUGGUUUGGGAGUCUACUUUCUUGUGAAACCUUCCAUGCAGAUGUCCAUGCAGGAAACUUGUGGCUGCUUAAUGAUGGGCGUAUUGGAUUUCUUGACUUUGGCAUUGUAGGCCGCAUCUCUCCAAGGACGUGGACUGCAAUGGAGACUUUCUUAACAUCUAUUGGAAAUGGACAGUUUGAAGCAAUGGCUGCUUCCCUAGUUCAAAUGGGUGCUACCAGUGAUAAUGUAGACACUAGAAGUUUUGCACGUGACUUGGAGAAGAUAUUCUCAUCAGUACAAGACCUGGAUUCUGAGCUUAUAGUUGCAGCAAGUAGUGGACCAAAUAAUGCAACAAUCUCAGCAAACUUGGCUCUUGAUGAACAGAAAAUGAAUGCCUUAUUCCUUGAUGUGGUACGAGUGAGUGACUCUUAUGGAUUAAAAUUUCCUCGGGAGUUUGCACUUCUAAUGAAGCAGCUUCUAUACUUCGACCGGUAUACACGUUUGCUGGCUCCAAACCUAAAUAUGCUACGAGAUGAUAGAAUUGCACUGAGCUCUAGAAAGAGAGAUAAUGGCACUAGAAUAGGUGAAUUCUAUGAGUUGUGAAGUGCAUCUUCUUAUUGUUGGUUUUCAUAAUCCAUUAACCAUGCCAUUUUUUUUUUGAAUGGACCAUAAAAUUCCACAUAAGAAAUUGCUUUCCAGUUCAUCAUCAAUCUGUUAUGGUGUACAUAACAUUGGAAAAAACAAUUAGAAAUUAAAGGCCGACAUCUGGCAUGAUGGCUUUUCCACAAGGCAUGUAAACAUUAGAAUAUUAUUUGGAAUCUAAGUGUGGCUCAAUCUUCAAUAUUCAAUAUUUGAAACAUAUGAGUGACACCCUGACACUGUUUUUAUUUGAGUGUAUGUGUUCACUUUC